ACCUCACACUGUGGCUGGUUUGACACUAGUGGAGCAGCUAGUUUCAGACAAGCCUGACCAGCUUUGCGGUAAGGCUCAGUUUGUCCUGCCAACACUUUGGAGCCGGUAGCAGUAACUUGCUAAAAAAAUAAAUAAAUAAAGCUGCGAGGUAAUUGAAGCGGACCGGCUGACGGUGACGCCGCUCCACACCGAGCAGCGACAGCAUCUCUGCCGGGCUGCUUUUGUUUUGGACGGUACAGGAGGAGCCAACCAAGCCCUCUGAACAGCGACAAAAAGACACACCAAGGGGGGCUCACACACCAGGACACAGCCAAGUAAUCCCACCCAGCGCUCAAGUCCCUGCUCGUUGUCCUGUUACCGGAGCGCCUUGCCGUCUCUACCGCCCCAUAUGCCUGCACCCACACCCGGCUCGACGUCCUGAAGGCACAGCGGGAGGCACGGCACCCCGGGGUCCCCGACAGUCGAGGAGAGGAAUCGCUGAAAUGAGAUGAGGCUCAGAAAUGGAACUGUGGCCACUGCGAUUAUUUUCUUCACCUCCUUCCUCAGCCUGUCUUGGUACACAGCAUGGCAGAAUGGCAAAGAGAAGCUGAUAGCGUACCAGCGGGAGUUCCAUGCCUUGAAAGAGCGCCUGCGUGUGGCAGAGCAUAGGACGCUACAGCGCUCCUCUGAGCUCAACAACAUCCUGGAGCAGUUCAGACGUGCCAUCGCCGAGACUAAUGGCAGCAAAGAUGCCCUCACCAAUUUCUCAGAUGAGACACAGAAACUGCUGAAGGAGCUGGCCAAUCGGAAACCUCUCCAGGUGCCAAAUAUCUACCACCACCUGCCUCACCUACUCAACAAUGAGGGCAGCUUGCACCCUGCUGUGCAGGUUGGCUUGGGCCGCACUGGAGUCUCCAUGGUGAUGGGGAUCCCCACAGUGAAGCGGAAGGUGAAGUCUUAUUUGUCAGAGACGCUUCGCUCUCUCAUAGACAAACUUUCACCUGAGGAGAAGCUGGACUGUGUCAUUAUUGUCUUUGUGGGGGAGACUGACAUAGACUACGUUCAGAGUGUGGUGGCCAGUCUGGAGAAAGAGUUUUCUACAGAGUUAAGUUCAGGCCUGCUGGAGGUAAUCUCUCCUCCGGCUGCCUACUACCCUGACCUCAGCAACCUCAAAGAGACUUUUGGAGACUCCAGAGAGAGAGUCAGAUGGCGGACCAAGCAGAAUCUGGACUAUUCCUUCCUCAUGAUGUAUGCUGUCAGCAAAGGAGUUUAUUAUGUUCAGCUGGAGGAUGACAUUGUAGCCAAGCCCAACUACUUUGCCACCAUGAAGAACUUUGCCCUGCAGCUCUCGUCAGAGGACUGGAUGAUCCUGGAGUUCUCUCAGCUGGGCUUCAUAGGAAAGAUGUUCCAAGCUCCAGACCUAAACCUCAUUGUUGAGUUCAUCUUCAUGUUCUAUAAGGAGAAGCCUAUUGACUGGCUGCUAGACCACAUUCUCUGGGUCAAAGUCUGCAAUCCUGAGAAAGAUGCGAAACACUGCGAGCGGCAGAAGUCCAGUCUACGUGUGCGGUUCAGGCCGUCUUUAUUUCAACAUGUGGGACUCCAUUCAUCUCUUGCUGGAAAGAUUCAAAAACUCACGGACAAGGACUUCCUGAAGCCAUUGCUCCACAAGAUGCAUGUUAACCCCCCAGCUGAAGUGUCCACUUCAAUGAAGGUGUACCAAGGCCACACGCUGGAGAAGACUUACCUAGGAGAGGACUUCUUCUGGGCCAUUACUCCUACUGCAGGAGACUACAUUCUCUUCAAAUUCGACAGACCUGUUAGCAUAGAGAAGUUCCUCUUCCGCAGUGGGAACCAGGAGCACCCGGGGGACAGGAUAGAAAACACCACAGUGGAAAUACUGCCCUUCUCGGAAACUGGACAGCAGACCAAAGACAAGUACAAGCGAACUGAGGACCGCUUUUACAGAAUCGGUCAGUUUCAGAAGGGUGUGGCAGAAGGGGCUGUAGAUCCUACCUUCAAUCCUAUAGUGGCACUGCGGCUCUCUGUUCUUAAAGAUUCAGCUGUGUGGGCCAUCCUCAGUGAAAUCCAUAUAAAGAGGAUAGUGGGCUAACUGACUGUGGGGGGGCACAUCAAUCAUGGCCCCUGGGGCCCUAGAAUCUCCUAGACUGCAAACGCAGGGCCUCUGGUGCCUAGCAACCAGCAGUGACAUCAUCCGAGCCCACUAGAGUUGCUCUUCUAAGCUUGUUUGAGGAAUGCCAUCUUUCUCCUCUCUGGCUGUUGUGUUUCUGUCCUCUUCCUACUAUACCUUGUUAUUUUGCUUCUCCUCCAUCUAUUAUUCUCUUUCUCUUUGCAGCUCUCCUUCACUCUUGUGCUCUUAAUUAAUUUGUGUGAAUGUGAAUACUACUGUAAAAAGAACAACAGCUGUGUCUGAAGAAAUCUAUUCCCAGCUCUGGCUUUCAAAGUGACUGUUUUUGUUGCUCAGCAGCUUUGAACACAAUCAAAACACACAUGGUUGAAUGGAGACAAAUCAUCACAUCUGGGGAGAACCAGUCAUCUGGCCACUGGUGUUGUACAUGCUGCCUAAAACCCUAUCUGUUGCUCUAUGCUGCCAUCUCUGGGUGAGCUGGGGCAUUGCACUGUCACUAGCGCCACAGCAAAGCCCCUCAAUGAUGAAGAAUGUUGUCAUCACUGCUGGCCAGUUGUUCUCUGUUCUCUACAAAGAUGUAGGAGCUUAAGCUCAAUACCAGGCCGAUACUGACAUACAAAAAUGUUGUUCCUCAAUCCCAGGGCUUUGUCAAACUCACCCAUGAAGAAUACUCUGCUUGUCCCUGUAAACUAGGCUGAGUAUGAGCUGUUCCCAAAUCCUGACUGUUGCCAGUUGGUGGCACAGUUGACCCCAGGCCUGAUUCCUUUUUAAUGAUCCCAAUCCAUCAAUAAAACAACAGAUAGAGUGAAACCAUAUCUAUCUCACCCCCUGUGUGACAGGGUGUGUAUGACCUCAGUGUCCAUUUAUAGGAAACCAAUCAGACAUUGCCUUGGCAUCAUUUUCCUGAAGGGAUAUAUUGUUAUAUUGAUAUAUUAUUACAACUAUGACGAUCUAUGAAGGUGACUUAAUUUAUUUAAAAUAAAUCUUUAAUUUGUACAAGAGGUAAAAAUAUAUUUUUUAUUCUAUUAAGAGAUGUUUAUGCUAGUUAAGAGUCUGUUUUGUUUGUGUUUUUUUGUGGUUUUGUUUUUCCUUUUCAAAACCGCUAUUGUUUUACAGCUAGUUGAUACUUGUUUUGUCUGCUGGUACAAGUAGCUUAGCUCUAGCUGCUGUACUGGUUUCCUGUCACUCAAAGCCAAACAUUACACCUAAAAUCAUUUAUUUCCGAUGCUAAAACUAAAUGGAAAGAGAAUUGUGAAUGAAUUCUAUUGAAGUAGUCGUUGAUCACUCCAAAAUUGGAAAAAUGUGCCUUACAUCCAUGUUCAUUGAAAUUGCCUCAGCAGCAUUACUCUGAUCUGUUCCCUCCCACUUUUGCCUUCAUCUCGUUGGCUGGUUAUCAUACUAAUCAGUGACAGUAAUAUAUACAACAUUGAACAUCUUUUCUAUCAGUUGCUGAUGUGAUACAUUGGGAGCAACAGCUCUGUGUAACUCUGAGGUACACUGAGAAGUCUCCUAGUUUGAAUUUCUGUCCGCAAACAGGAAGGUUAGUUGUAUCAGAUCACUAUCUGAAACAGCAUGGUUUGCACUUUUUAUUUCCCUCCUCAUCUUGUUUAGUAACAGUCUAUCCUUCCUUGUUGUACAUUUCCUUAUCCUCUCAUAGUAGAUACUCUCAGUGACUCUUUGUAAUUCAUGUAAUGAUUUACUUUGUCCAAUCAGGUAACUGGUUACAUAUCUGGACAGAAUCUUACAACAACUGUACCUUUUUAUAAAUUGUGCCAUUUCAUUGCAGUGCUGGUAGGCAGACAUGACCAUGAGGUUGUAUAUUUCCCUUUGAUUGUAAAUAUAUAGAAAAGCAAUGAGCAUCAUCACCCCCCCUCAAGCUGCUUCAUUUCAUAGUUUAAUAAAGCCAUUUUACAUGGAAACAUGUUUGUUUUGCAGCCAUGUUUGGAGGGGAAUCUGUUAAGUGAACGGUCAUUGUCAUUUUACAUGUUAGUGGUUUAUUCAGGGGCUAGUGGAAGUGCCUUUUGGUGGAGUGUUUGGUAAGAGUUUAUUUGGAAAUUGAACACAACAGCGACUCAAUUGUUUUCCAACCAUGCUCUUGUUGGUGCAUGAGUAAUAUUUGUACUUUAUUAAAAUACAUAAUGUCUCAUUUGCACAUAGCAGGCCUGUCCACCCCCUGAUCAAACCAUCCAUGAUAGAGCUGUAUUUAACUGUCUGAAGUGGCUCCCUCUCUGCCUCUUCAUCAAAUUGUUUUGUUUAUGGAAUUGGGAGAAGAUGAGAGCAAGCCACUUGAGGGUGAACAAGGUUGUUUGGAAGGGGAAAGACGCUUUCAGUCAUGUUCAUUUCAUUUGAUUGGUCUCUGGUUCUUGUCCUGCAUUCAUGCACAACUUGAGGCUGAAUAACACACACACAAAAAAAACAAACAAAAACAAACCGAUGGUUGUGUGAUCCCUGGAGAUCACACUCUGUAAUAAAUUGGAGAUGUAAAAGAAAGGACCUCUGCCCUUCCCUGACAACUCUACACACCCAUCAGUUCAUGUGCCUUCAUCAUGUACAUCUAUGUAUGUCUGCCUCUGAUGAUUUUGACAUGAGUUUUCAUGGACAUGUUUGAAAUAAAUGAAAAAAAAGUUGAUACAA